CUAUAGUGGUGUGAAGAAUUUUUCUCCACUAUUACAAUAGAAAUAAAAUAUUUGUAGAACUGUGAGAUUGAUUCUCCAGGGAAAUCAACCUUGACUUCGUCCUCUCUCUGAGCCACACUGGUAUUUCCAGUGGGAACAAGAUCAGGAGCAGGCUUGGAAAUUUUCCCAGAGGGAAAUUCCAUGGGAACUGUCCCUGACUCUCUGAGAUCAUCAGCUCAAGUGUCUCUGAUCACAGCUUCCAGUAAAGAAGAGGUCCUGGGGGAGGUACAGUUAACCCACCCUCAUGUUGACCUAGCCCUGUUGGAAGACAACACCAAUGGCCUUUCCAGUGAUCCCGCAAAAUCACUGCUCAGCCCUAGGGCAGCUACUGUGGCCCUGAUGCAGGCCUGUGAGCAUGAGCCCACUCAGCCCAGUAUGUCUUCUCCUGCUGUCUUCAACGAAGUGGAGAGGGCACCCGUCACACUCAGUUCACCUGCCAGCCCUCAGCUGCCUGCACACGGAAGGUCUCCUGCACUUGGCCCAUGCUGCAGGGCACAGAGUAUUCAUCUGAAUCCAGAACACACCAUGCCAGCCACUAACCAGCACAUUUCCCAGCUGAGCCUAGGAGAUGAGAUCCUUGCCCCAGUGGAGCCUAAGGUCACCCAGGUUCAAGUACAGAGAAUGCCAGGUAUAGAAACACCUGGGGAGCCACAAGACAGGUGCCAGGAGACACCCAACAGCAAAUAUCAAGCCUGUAGUGAGUUUCCUUCUCAAGAAACCAUCCAGAAAUCGGUACAUGUCACAGAGACCCCAGCCAAGCUGGUAAAUCAUUGUCCUAUCUCCUGUCCUGCAGAAGGAAUUGAAAAGGAACAGCAGGAAACCUUUGGUGACUCCCUGACUACGUCCUGUGACUCUUUGAGUAGAGAACAUAGGUGUUCAGCAAGCGCAGAAUCCUCAGGCAUUGCCUCAGACCCCCAAGUCCUCAUCUCCAAGACUCUUCAACCCUCCCACCAUGCAGAUUCAUCCAAGUUCACUCCAGAUCAUUGCCCAGAGCCUGGAUCAGCUGACCAACAAGGGUCCAGGUUCAAAGAAGCCAGUACAAUGACCACCCAAAUGGAGAGUGAGUUCAGGGCCCUGCCUAGCAAGGUUCUGCAAGAUGCAGGGGUACAGGCUGUUGCGAGUAUGGAGAGCAGGUCGGUCUGUACUAGCCCCAGCAUCCUACCUGCUUUCUUAAGUGAUGCUCCUGUCCAGGAAUCUUUUGAGCCACGGGAAGAGCUGUGUGUCAUCUACCACAGUGGUGGUGGCAGGAGUGACGUGCAAGAGCUAUCUGACAGAGGACAGGCCACCCAGGAGUCAAACCCUGGCCCAGGUGUCUUACCCAGCAUGCCCACCCAGGAGGCUGCAGCUGUUUCUUCAGUUUCCCCGGGAGAAAAUAAAGGGGUGAGCCUCCCAGGUGAAGUGCUACAAACCUCAUCAAGGCAGGGUUCCCUCCCUGGUGCUCAGGAACCAGGCCAGAAAGACAACAAGUCAUCAGGAAUGAGAUCUGCCAGAGAAGCACUAACCUCUCAACAGCCGGCAUAUGAGGAUCCCAGGUCUUCGCAAGCAAGCCCAGCAGAUCAGAGUUCUGAGAGUGCAAACAGACAACCUGAAACAAGUCAUGACAUGGGAAAGCAGGACACUAAGCCAUGUGAGUAUGCCGGGGUAGCCACAAAUGGCCACAAACCUGACCCAGAUUUCACACUCUCCAAAUCUAAGGGUUCCAUGAGCAAAGUUGACCUGUGCGGGGGCCUGGAACCCAAUACAAAAGAGAAGCAAGCAACCCCUGGGAGAGUGAAAGAAGCUGCUGCUCCUAGUAGCCUGGAUGGAAAGUCAGGGCCAGAGGCCCAAAGCCUGCUCCAUCCUAAAACCCAAGAAAGUAAAGGCCCAGGAUCAGUUUCCAAUCCUUCCCCGCUUCGAAAGAACCAGGAGGGCCCUAUGGAAGAAAAUCGAGCAGCCAAGACCUCUACCAGCCUGAACCUACCCCCAGAUUGCCUGGGAGAGUCUAGCCCCAGCUCUGGCAAGAGGACCCCCUCACGUUCGGUCAAAGCCAGUCCUCGGAGGGCCAGCAGAGUGAGUGAGUUCCUCAAGGAACAGAAGCUGAAUAUGACAGCAGCCGCCGCACAGGUGGGACUUACUACAGGAGAGAAGAAGAAGCAGCUGAGUGCUGAUUCCAAGCUGCAUUUAAAACAGUCCAAGAGAGUGAGGGAUGUGGUGUGGGAUGAGCAGGGCAUGACCUGGGAAGUGUACGGUGCUUCCUUAGACCCCGAGUCCUUGGGCCUCGCUAUCCAGAACCACUUACAAAGACAGAUCAGGGAACAUGAGAAGUUAAUCAAGGCACAGAGCGGCCAGAGCCGGAGAUCCAUUUCGUCAGACACAUCAUCCAAUAAAAAGCUCAAAGGCCGGCAGCACGGUGUUUUUCAAUCCAUGCUGCAGAACUUACGACGACCCAACUGUUGUGUUCGUCCUGCCCCUUCUUCUGUGUUAGACUGAAAGGAAAUGUGCUUUCGAGCA